AUGGACCUGGUUCCAAGCUUUUCCACAGAAACCUGGCUUCUCCUGGCUACCAGCCUGGUCCUCCUCUAUCUAUAUGGGACCUAUACACAUGGACUUUUUAAGAAACUGGGAAUUCCUGGGCCAACACCACUGCCUUUUUGGGGAACUACUCUGGCCUAUCGUAAGGGAUUUUGUGAUUUUGAUGAGAAAUGUUUUAGAAAGUAUGGAAGAAUAUGGGGGUUUUAUGAUGGGCGACAGCCGGUGUUGGCUAUCACAGAUCCGGACAUGAUCAAAACAGUACUAGUGAAAGAAUGUUAUUCUGUCUUCACAAACCGGAGGAUUAGUGUAUCCACCACCACAAUCACGUUACAGAGCUGUUUCAUCACCAAAAUUCUCCCUCUUACUAUUCUUUU